UUGUUUUUAUGGUACAAUGCGUGUGCAAAGCGGGGUGCAGCAGCCGAGGUUGUAAACGUUUGGACGUGCCGUGUGCAACUUGCUGGUCAGGUCAAAGUCCGCCAAUUUCAACAUCCCUCACAAAUCAGAGCCUCGGCUUUUCACACAUCAAAUAUUAAUGCAGUCUUAUUCCUAUAAUUUCCUCAAUUCGCCGACAUCACUCACAGUCAUGGCUCUGUCCCUAUUGCUGUGGGGCAUUGUCUUUGCAGUCAUAUUCCUCGUGACUGUAGCUGUCGUUCUCCGUAUCUGGGUUCGUUCACGAGCCAAGAGCCUACUGCCGCACCUGAAGGAAGGAGACAAGGACGUCCUAGUGGUUGGCUUCUUCCACCCGUACUGCAAUGCCGGGGGAGGAGGGGAGAGGGUGCUGUGGUGUGCUGUACGUGCCCUCCAGGAAAAGUACAAACACGUAAAAUGCCUGGUAUACACCGGGGACAAGAACGUGAAGGGAGCAGAAAUAGUGAAGAACGCGAGACAACGGUUCAACAUCGUUCUUCGUCAGCAACCGGAAUUUGUCUUCCUCGGUCGACGGGACUGGGUCGAGGCCGGCACAUGGCCAUAUUUCACACUCCUCGGACAAAGCUUGGGAUCUAUCUGGCUUGGGUGGGAAGCCUUGACAAAAUAUGUUCCCGAUGUCUACCUGGAUAGCAUGGGGUAUGCAUUUACACUGCCCAUGUUUAAGUAUCUCGGGGGGUGCAGAGUUGGGUGUUAUGUGCACUAUCCAACGAUAAGUACAGAUAUGUUGUCUAGGGUCACAGACCAGACAGCCACUUACAACAACAGAGCGAUCAUAGCCCGUAGUCCCAUACUGAGUGCGGUCAAGAUUGCGUACUACCGUGCAUUUGCUUUCAUCUACGGUCUCGCUGGGUCUUGCUGCGACGUGGUGAUGGUCAACUCUUCUUGGACACAUGGCCACAUAGUGUCCAUAUGGGGCACGAGGGAGGGCACAUACAAAGUGUACCCACCCUGCGACGUGAAAGAAUUCAUGGACCUACCCAUGAAGAGCGACGCGGGAAAAGCGCAGCACAGCAUUGUGUCAGUCGCGCAGUUCCGUCCCGAGAAAGACCACCCUCUCCAGUUACGUGGGUUCCACGAGUUCCUCAAAGGCGUACCCCAGGAGAAGAGGAAGAACUACAAGUUAGUCAUGAUCGGUGGGGUGAGAAACCAGGGGGAUGCAGAUCGCGUAGACGGACUGAAACGGUUAGCAGAGAAGUUAGAGAUCUCGCAGUAUACAGAGUUCCGUCUGAACGUGCCAUUCUCGGAACUGAAACAGAGCCUGUCUGAAGCCACAAUAGGUCUGCACACCAUGUGGAACGAGCACUUUGGAAUAGGCGUUGUAGAAUGCAUGGCAGCAGGUACCAUCAUCCUAGCACACGAGUCAGGAGGCCCCAAGAUGGACAUUGUCGUGGAGCACAACGGUUCUUGUACGGGCUUUCUCGCGCACGACGAGAAAACAUACGCGGACGCCAUCAGGACCAUCCUGAGCAUGAGCCCAGAAGAGAGGAUGGAGGUCAGAAGAAAUGGCCGGGAGUCUUCGUCCAGGUUUUCUGACCAGGAGUUUCAGACAAGCUUUUUGAAUGCAUCAGAAGCACUUUUUAAGUGAACACAACAACAAAAAGAUGAAAAUACACAGAUGAAACGUUU